CUAUAGAAUAUGUCAAUGGCUGCUGCUAGCUCCCGAUCUUUCUCCUUCUUCUUCUCAUGGCUACUUCUUCAUUCACAUGUUCAUGUUCAUGCAAUAUUUGAGUUCAAAGAAGCAACCGUGAACGAAAUCCAAAGCGCUUUCUCGCGAAACGAGAUCUCGUCAAAGCAAUUAGUGAAGUUGUACAAAGACGAGAUUCUUAGAAGAAACCCUAUACUCUGUGGCGUAGCGGAUCUGAAUCCGGACGCAGAAUCCGAGGCUGAGAAAGCCGACGAAGAACGUGCGGCGGGGAAAGGAGGGACAAAAUUGAGCGGAGUGCCGGUGUUGAUAAAGGACAACAUUACGUUCAAGAAGAAGCGGAUGAGUACGACGGCCGGUUCGUAUGCGCUUGCCGGAUCGGUGGCGGCGGAGGACGCUUUUGUGGUGAAGAAGUUGAGGGAGGCUGGGGCCAUAAUUAUUGGCAAAGCCACCUUGAAGGAGUGGUCUGGUUUUAGGUCUUCCAAUAUGCCCGGUGGUUGGUCUGCCUACGGUGGCCAAGCCAAGAACCCUUAUAACUUGAGCAAUGAAGUGUGUGGAUCAAGCAGUGGAUCAGCAAUAUCGGUGGCAGCAAACUUUGCAACGGUGUCAUUAGGGACUGAAACCGAUGGCUCAAUAAUUUGUCCUUCAUCUUACAACUCAGUCGUUGGAAUCAAACCCACCGUUAACCUCACUAGCAGAUCUGCCGUGGUCCCUGUUUCUCUAAGACAAGAUUCCGUUGGGCCUAUAGCUAGAACGGUGGAAGAUGCAGUUUAUGUUCUUGACGUAAUUGUAGGGAAAGACGAGAAAGAUGAAGGAACUGUGAAUGCAUCUACACACAUUCCAGAGGGUGGCUACGCUCAAUAUUUGAAUCCUCAUGGCCUACAAGGAAAAAGACUUGGAAUCUUGAGAUACCCUGAUUCUUUUAAUAUUAUUUUUCCUGAAAAUUCUAUGGAGAAUGCGACAUAUCAACAACUCUUCCAAGUAAUGAGGGAUGAAGGUGCGACACUUGUGGAUGACAUAGUAAUUGAGAAGAGUGAAGAAAUUUAUGAGAAUGCAAUGAUAGCAUUGUUAGCUGAGCUCAAGAGAGACUUGAAUUCUUAUCUGCAAAAUCUCGUCUCUUCACCUGUGCGAUCCUUGGCAGAUCUCAUAACCUUCAACCAUCAACACAACAUGCUAGAGAAAAUAGUUGACUAUCCACAAGACAUGUUUAUAAAAGCAAACAUGAACAAUGGAAUAAGCAAAGAAGUUGAAGAAGCAAUAUCAAAUCUAGAAACACUUUCCAAAAAUGGGUUUGAGAAGGUGAUGAAGGAGAAGAAGCUUGAUGCAUUGAUAUAUGUGGGACAAAAAUUGGUUCCAUUUUUAGCGGUUGGUGGUUACCCAGCAAUAACAGUGCCGGGUGGAUACAACAAUGAGAACAUGCCAUUGGGUGUCUCCUUUGGAGGAUUAAAGUAUUCAGAACCAACUCUUAUUGAAAUUGCUUAUUCUUUUGAACAAGCUACCAAGAAACGUAGGCCUCCUCCUAAUGAUUUAAUAGUAACGCAAGUAGCACAGAAAAGUAUUAGCAGCUUAUAAUUAAUUUAAUAAAUUUGGAUGAAUUGAAAUGGUGAAUUACUAAUUAAAAUUAAUGUUUAAUAUAUACUGGUACUCACGCAUUAGGUGAUGAGUACAAAAUUGGAGAAGUCGUAUCACUUUGUCAUCUUCAUUAUGAGAUGAAAGCAGUUAAAUAAAUAAUAUAGGGGUAUUAGUGUUGUCAAUGUGAAUAUGUAAGUUUAGUUAAAUGAUUGU